UAGAUCUAUAAAAUCAGCUAUUAAAGCAUUUUAUCUGAUACGUUAGGCAUAUAUGCAAUCAGUAAUUGUAAACAUUGACAGAACGAAUGGCCGAAUUUGCGGAUCUAUCGGGGUCUGUUCAAGGCGGGUCUGAUGCCGAUUUUGAGAAAUCUUGCCACCCAUGUUAUGGCCCUUGUUUUGACGAUGGACGCAGAACGGAAGCGACAAAAUACUGCCCACAGUGCAAGGAAUAUCUAUGCGCUGCAUGUACGCGAUGUCACACACGUCACACACGUUUCACAGCAACAAGAGACCACCAACUUACAGACCCAGUGAAACAUAAUGGUUCGGGAAAAAGGAAAAGGGCAAGGGCUAUUCUAAAUCCCAGCUGCAGUUUGCACACAGACAGAGAAAUUGAGAUGUUUUGUGGCUCGCACGAUAUGGUGUACUGUGCUCUAUGUAUCGCUAAAGACCGCAGAUUAUGUAAUAACGUAAGCGAGGUGGCAGAAGCCGCCAGAUGUAGAACAUUAGCGCAUACAUCUAUUGGAGACAAGAUUAGCUAUCUGCGAGACGAGCUGAUGGUUGCUAAGGAAGAGAAAAUAGGAAACUUACAAACCUUAGGGACGGAAAAGAAAGAGCAUUUUAUGAAAGUAAAACGAACAAGCAGGAAGAUUAGUUCUCGUAUUGAGAGGCUUAGGGAUGAAGCGUCCACCUCCAUAGAACGUAAAUACGAGAAAAUAGAGCAAGAACUUCAAGCCGACACCAUGACUAUCACUGAAGCAAUAGAACAAUUAGAUAAGUCUAGAGAGCAGAUUAGUUCUUUGGAAAACCUAAAUAAGACGCAAAGGUUUGUGCAGGAGAAGAUACAAAAGCAACUGUUAGCAUGUUAAUUUUAAUUCAUAGUAAAUUUUCAUAAUGGUUUCUAGAAAUUAAACUGUUUAUAUAUGAUAUAUAUUCUUACAGAUUAUGUAAUAACGUAAGCGAGGUGGCAGAAGCCGUCAGAUGUAGAACAUUAGCUCAUACAUCUAUUGGAGACAAGAUUAGCUAUCUGCGAGACGAGCUGAUGGUUGCUAAGGAAGAGAAAAUAGGGAACUUACAAACCUUAGGGACGGAAAAGAAAGAGCAUUUAAUGAAAGUAAAACGAACAAGCAGGAAGAUUAGUUCUCGUAUUGAGAGGCUUAGAGAUGAAGCGUCCACCUCCAUAGAACGUAAAUACGAGAAAAUAGAGCAAGAACUUUAAGCCGACACCAUGACUAUCACUGAAGCAAUAGAACAAUUAGAUAAGUCUAGAGAGCAGAUUAGUUCUUUGGAAAACCUAAAUAAGACGCAAAGGUUUGUGCAGGAGAAGAUACAAAAGCAACUGUUAGCAUGUUAAUUUUAAUGCAUAGUAAAUUUUCAUAAUGGUUUCCAGAAAUUAAACUGUUUAUAUAUGAUAUAUAUUCUUACAGAUUAUGUAAUAACGUAAGCGAGGUGGCAGAAGCCGCCAGAUGUAGAACAUUAGCUCAUACGUCUAUUGGAGACAAGAUUAGCUAUCUGCGAGACGAGCUGAUGGUUGCUAAGGAAGAGAAAAUAGGGAACUUACAAACCUUAGGGACGGAAAAGAAAGAGCAUUUAAUGAAAGUAAAACGAACAAGCAGGAAGAUUAUUUCUCAUAUUAAGAGGCUUAGGGAUGAAGCGUCCACCUCCAUAGAACGUAAAUACUAGAAAAUAGAGCAAGAACUUCAAGCCGACACCAUGACUAUCACUGAAGCAAUAGAACAAUUAGAUAAGUCUAGAGAGCAGAUUAGUUCUUUGGAAAACCUAAAUAAGACGCAAAGGUUUGUGCAGGAGAAGAUACAAAAGCAACUGUUAGCAGGUAUUGAAAAGCUAAGUAUCAGCACAAAGCAAAAGAAAGCUAGAGCGAUACAGUACACGGCGAAUGAGGAGCUAAUCGAACAAAUCAUAGCGGCAACCUUCCUGGUAAAAACUGAGGAAAGGAGACAAACAGAAGAAAGAAGCCCGAACAAAGAACCGUUAAAGAUUAAAUCAAAGAAAGAAGUAAAUGUAAAGGAAAAGGAUGAUAAAGAGACCUGUUGGAUCAUCGGAAUAUGUCAGCUUCCCGAUGGCACUAUUAUAUUGGCUGACGACAAAAACAGAACUAUUAAAAGGCUUGAUAAUGAUUACAAGGUGAAAGAUCACUGCGAUCUAGGCAGUGGACCUCUUGGUAUUUGCUGUUCUGGUGAAUCAGAAGUAGCUGUUAAAGUCGGCAGCAGUAAGGAUGGAAAAAUACAAUUUGUUCAUAUAGGUGCCACAUUAUCGCAAACGAGGAGUUUUGAUAUUGAAAGUGGCGGGUAUUUUGGACUUUCAUUCUUUGCGGAUAAAUUUUGGGUUAAAACUGUAAACGGUAUAAACAUAUACAACGUAAGUGGUACAAAGUUAAUGUCUAUAGACAAAAGUUUUUCAAAUGAAAUAUCAGAGUCACCAAAAGGUAUAUUUCCUGCUGGCGCUGACUCUACAUCACAGUACAUAUCUGACAUGAAUGAAAGUGUUGCAGGUGUCGAUAGUUGUAGGACAGUGACAAAGGUUUUCAGAGAUAAACGACUGUCGGGCGUUGCAGGUGUCGAUAGUUAUAGGACAGUGACAAAGGUUUUAAGAGAUAAACGACUGUCGGGCGUGAUGGCAGUCAGUUGUUAUCAAGAUGGAAUAUUAUUCAUGGCAGGAUUUUUAUCUGACAAUAUCAUUAUGUUCAGAAAUGAUGGCAUAUGCCUCGGGGAAUUAAUUGCUGCUGAAGAUAACUUACGACAUAUACGGGGAAUGUGUUUUGACAAUAAGCACAAACGUUUACUCGUUGGUAAUUCCAGUAAUAAGUUGUAUGUCCUAGAACUAGAUGACUGAACUGGUUUCAGUGACACUGUAAGCAGACUGUAAAGAUGAACUAUCGACUUUGUGCAUUACAUUUACCAUAUCAUUCAGAAUUGUAUCAUUAUAUGUUCAUAAAACCUGUAUUAUCUUU